CUAAAGUGAGACCAGGACGUAACCCAAAAACAAUGCCCCAGCAACGGCGCAAGGUGGCCUUCAGCGGCAAGAAGAAGAAGGACCAGAUGCUGCAAAAACGCUCUGCGAAACUUCCGCCCAAAUACCUAAGGAGCGCCCAGGAAUCGUACGAGGACAGCGAUGUGCCCGAGACCACCAGGAAACUCAUGGAACAGCCUUUUGCCCGUGGCGGCAAUCGGAACAAGAACGUAAAUCGCUAUAAUCUACAGUUUUACCAGGAGGGGAAGAAGGAACUGGAGCAGAUGAAGCAGGAAGGCUUCAAGCCGCUGGAGGCGCUCAGUCCCAAGGAGCGGGAGGUGGACGAGCACUACUUCGCUGGCUGCGAUUUCCCAGUGCGUCCGCCGUGGGCGCCGGCUAACUCCAAAGAGCAGCUCGAUCGCAGUGAGAAUCGUUACUUUAAGGAGUACGUGGAUGAGCUGCAAAAGAAACAACGCGCUGGCGAUUCCAAGGAGCUUUCCCUGUUCGAACUCAAUCUGGAGACGUGGCGCCAAUUGUGGCGUGUCCUCGAAUUUUCGGACAUCCUGCUCAUCAUUGUGGACGUCCGCUAUGCCACGCUGAUGUUCCCACCCUCCCUCUACGACUACAUCAUUGGCACGCUUAAGAAGCAGGCCAUUGUGGUGUUCAACAAGGUGGAUCUCGUGGAGCCGCAGGUGGUGGUAGCAUGGCGCGAGUAUUUCCGCGAUCGCUAUCCCCAGUUGCCGGUUGUCCUAUUCGCAUCCUUCCUGCCGCGCUCCCGCAAGGGAAGCCAGCGUGGACCGCAGGCUCAUCGCCGGAGCAUGGAGGGUGUGUAUAAUAUUUACAAGGAGUGCCAGCGCUAUGUCCAGGGCGAAGUGGAUCUAACAGCAUGGGAGCAAAAGAUACGCGACGACAUGCGGAGCGAUCAGCUGGACAUCCUGGACGAGGUCACGUCGGCCGUUGAGGGUGAGCUUAAGAUCAGCAGCAGCAUCGACACCACGCCCCACGAGCAUGUAAGAUAUCACAACGGAGUCCUGACUAUCGGCUGCAUCGGCUUCCCCAAUGUGGGCAAGUCCUCGCUGAUUAACGCCUUAAAGGGACGGAAAGUGGUUAGCGUCAGCCGCACUCCCGGCCACACGAAGCAUUUUCAGACCAUUUUCCUAACUCCCCUCGUCCGCCUGUGCGAUUGUCCCGGUCUAGUCUUUCCCUCGUCGACGCCCAAGAGCCUGCAAGUGCUUCUGGGCAGCUUCCCGAUCUCCCAACUGGCUGUUCCGUACCGCUCGCUAAAGUUCCUCGGCGAGCAUGUGAACCUGCCGCAGCUUUUAAGGCUUCAUCUUCCGGAGGACUAUGACGAGUGGUCGGCGGUGGCCAUUUCAGAUGCCUGGGCCUACAAAAGAGGCUUCCUGACGGCCAAGGCGGCCAGGCCGGAUCGGUAUCGUGCCGCCAAUCACAUCCUGCGCAUGUGCCUGGCCGGGCAGCAGCAGUUGGUGCUGCAGUUCUAUCCACCGGGAUAUGAGGAGCGACGAGAUCAUUGGUUCCAGCAUACCGAUCUCGCGGAGGUCAAGAAGUACCAGCAGGUUGAGCUGGAGGAGCCGGAGAGUGAGACCAACGGCGACACAUCCUCUGUGUGCUCGGACACCGCCGACAGCGAGGACGAGGAUGAGGACAGUUCCAACGAUGAGACGAACGCAGACGAAGACGAGUGCGCCAUUGAGGAGGAUCUGCCCAGGUCCCGCAAUGUGUUUGCCCUCCUGGAGGAUGACUAAUGUGUGGGAGUCCUUGUUGCAUGACUAGCUUAUCGCCUAUAAUUUAUUACUAAAACAUUCACGAAGUGGAUUUUACCGAGAGCUAUACAAUAAACUAUGUAAACCAGGCUGA